AUGCCGGAUCCCGUUCCCAAGGAUGGUACUUCUGCUAUUGCCAGAGUUCAUUUAACGCUCCCUGAAUUUUGGCAAAAUGCGCCUGAACUUUACUUCUUCCACAUUGAGGCGUCAUUCCAUUCGGCGAAUAUUACGCAGGAGAUAGAUAAAUAUUAUAAACUGGUCGAGGCCCUCCCACCCACCAUUCUCUCCCAGGUGCAAACCCUCUUACGUGACCCUCCAGCCGACUCCCCAUAUACGAAACUUAAGGACGAGCUUUUACGCCUAACGGCAGUGUCUGAUCGCCAACGUUACCACACCCUGGACGACAAGUUCUUCAAAGAAAUGUUUUUGGCACUCCUUCCAAAAUCUGUUCAAACGAUCCUAGCUUCUUGCUCGGAUGAUUUAGACGUCGCGACGCUAGCGAGAAAGGCCGAUCACAUACUUGAGGUGGAGCGUUUGGCUGCCCCAACAGUUGCACAGGUUUCACAGCCUGUAACGACACCCGCCCCGGAGUUGGCCGAGCUCAAAGCUCAGGUUGCUCAAAUGUCGGCGACCCUCGCCACCCUACAGCUGCGCAAAUCUACCCAUCGUUCCGUCAAAUAUACUAUCCAUCCAGCUGGCGUCCCACUUCUUCUCUUCCCACACGGAACCGGGCCUGAAGAUCGCAGCGGCAAGCGUUUUACCUAUUAA